GAACCUCAAGAAACCCACCGACCCGUUACCAUCGCGGAACUCUUUUAUGCCUGACAGCUUUACUACAAUAGUCGAAACCAAACAAUUGAAGUCCUUUGGUUUUAUAUUACACAUCUUAAAGAACCAAAGCAAACCCUAGUUGUUUUGUAUAUCAAAAUUUAAUCAAGUCUUUAAUUAUGAACCCUUACGACUCCAGAUUUGCCGACCCUUCUUCCUAUCGUCCACGUCGAAGUGAUUUGAUUGGGCCACCUUCUCCGAUGAUACCGCCUAUGAUGGGUGGCGGAGUGCCAGAUUUUAAUCGUGGGGGUCCAUCUUCAUAUGGUAUGCCACCUCCUCUUAUGGGUGGUGGAUCUGGUAGAGGGGGUGGUUUUAAUGGCUACCCACCUUUCCAGCCUAGUGUUGGAAGUGGGUUCGAUAUUGGGCGAGGUGGUGGCGACAGUAGAGGAAGAGGGUUUGGUAAUCGGGGUGGUGGAGGUUUUGGUGGUAGGAUGAGCAGUGGAGGUCCUGGGACACAUAGAGGAGGUCGAAGUUAUGAUAGUGGAGGGAGGGGUUAUGAACCAGGUCAUGGAAUAAGUAGAGGUGGGAGUUUUAGCGGAAGGGGUGGAGGAAGAAGUGCUGAUGGUGGAAGAGGUUUUGGCGGGGGCAGAGGUGGUGGGGGUGGAAGAGGUUUUGAUGUAGGCCGUGGGAGGGGUGGUAGACAUGAUGGUGGGUCAAGGGGGGAUCUAGACAAUAUUUCUCUUCCAAGACAAGAUUUUGGAAACUUGGUCCCUUUUAAGAAAGAUUUUUAUGAGGAGAGUUUAUCUGUGAGAGCAAUGACUGAGCAGGAGGUUGCGGUUUAUCGUGCACGACGGGAUAUAUCAGUGGAAGGCUAUGAUGUGCCCCGGCCCAUCCGGACAUUUAUGGAAGCAAAUUUUCCGGCUUAUUCGCUUGAGGUCUUUACAAGACUGGGAUUCGUCGAGCCAACACCAAUUCAAUCUCAAGGGUGGCCAAUGGCUUUAAAGGGAAGAGACCUGAUUGGUAUCGCAGAGACUGGUUCUGGAAAAACUCUGGCAUAUCUGAUGCCUGCUCUAAUUCAUGUUAGUGCACAGCCUCGUCUAGCCCAAGGUGAAGGCCCCAUUGUACUAGUAUUAGCUCCUACCAGAGAAUUGGCUGUUCAGAUUCAACAAGAAGCUACCAAGUUUGGAGCACGCGCAAACAUUAGAUGUACCUGCAUAUAUGGUGGUGCCCCGAAAGGACCACAGAUCCGUGAUCUGCAAAGAGGUGUUGAAAUUGUUAUUGCUACUCCUGGUAGACUGAUAGAUAUUCUAGAAGCUCAGCACACAAACUUGAAAAGAGUAACCUACCUUGUGUUGGAUGAGGCUGAUCGAAUGUUGGACAUGGGAUUUGAACCUCAAAUACGUAAAAUUAUUGCCCAGAUCCGACCUGACAGACAAACAUUGUAUUGGAGUGCUACUUGGCCAAAAGAAGUGGAGACAUUAGCGAGGCAGUUCUUAUGUAAUCCAUAUAAGGUAAUAAUUGGUUCCCCUGUCUUGAAAGCAAAUCAAUCAAUAAAACAAGUUAUUGAAGUGGUAACAGAAGUGGAGAAGUACAACAGGUUAAUCAGACUUCUGAGAGAAGUUAUGGAUGGAAGCCGGAUAUUAAUAUUUGUGGAGACGAAAAAGGGUUGUGAUCACGUCACAAAGUCUCUGAGAAUGGAUGGAUGGCCAGCUUUAUCCAUCCAUGGUGAUAAAAGCCAGGAUGAACGGGAUUGGGUCCUAGCUGAGUUUAAAAGUGGCAGGAGUCUUAUAAUGACUGCCACUGAUGUUGCUGCACGGGGUCUUGAUGUGAAAGACAUAAAAUGUGUAAUCAACUAUGAUUUUCCUUCAAGUCUCGAGGAUUAUGUGCAUAGAAUUGGCCGAACUGGUCGAGCAGGAGCUAAGGGAACAGCCUAUUCAUUUUUUACACAUUCAAAUGCCAAACAUGCUAGGGAUCUAAUUAAGAUCCUGCAAGAAGCAGGGCAAGUUGUUCCUGUUUCUUUGUCAUCAUUAGCUCGAUCAUCUGGUGGACAUGGAGGUGGAGGUAAUUUCCGUAACAGAGGGCGAGGAGGCUAUAAUAAUCGAGGUCAGAUAUCUGGAUCAAAUGCCAUCCCAAUUGGGGGGAAAAUGCAAUGGUAGUUUUGCACCAGAAAUGUUGUAACCUUUUCUCCAAUUUAAGGCAAGAAGGUUCACUAUGGAGAACAAUUUAAUUGAAGUGAAAUAGAUAUGUGUGGGGUUGCCUUUUUUAGGAAGUGUAGUACCAGAAGGUACUAAAGUAGAGUACAUGUGUAGUUAAUUUUCUUUACUUCAUACAUUGCAUAUAUGGGACUUGAAUCUCUAGAUGAUAGAUCUGACCUGAAACUAAAAUGCUGUUGUAUCAAUACUUUGUAUUUUAUGUAACUAUAUUAUUUGCUACA